AUGCCUGAGCUUCCAGAAGUUCACCGUGCCGAGAGGGCUUGUAACGCAAAUGUAGUUGGAAAAAAAAUUGUUAAAGUUGAAGCGCAAGAAGACAAGUUAAUUUUUGGCAAUAUUUCGAAGGGUGAAUUCGAACGUAGUUUAUUAAAUAAGUUUGUUGUAAAUACUGGUCGCUGGGGAAAAUAUUUCUAUUUUGAAAUGAAUGAAAGUCCAAACCCCGUCUUUCAUUUCGGAAUGACUGGAGAUAUCUAUUUUAAGGAUCAAGAGACAUUUUCUUAUCGUAGUAAACGAUCCAAAAAUGAUCCAAAUGAAUGGCCUCCUAAAUUUUGGAAAUUCAUUCUUACAUUCGAAGACUCGUCUAAUGUAUAUACUGAAAAAAUUAUGAUGGCAUUUUCUGAUGUACGUAGAUUAGCAAGAGUAUUUCUUACUAUCAACUCACCAUUACAAGAUGUUCCUAUAUCAAAAUUAGGAUUUGAUCCUCUGCAGAGCAUGCCUAAUAUUCAGAAAUUCAGUGAAUUGAUUUUGAAGCGAAAAUGCCCGAUCAAAGCUUUAUUGUUAGAUCAACAAUUUUCUGCAGGGGUUGGUAAUUGGGUUGCGGACGAAGUAUUGUUCCAAUCACAUAUUCAUCCCAAUCAGCACGCAAAUACUCUCAGCAAAGAACAAAUUGAAACGCUGCAUGAGAAAUUAGUUUAUGUUUGUAAGACAGCUGUUGAUGUAAAUGCUGAAGCGCGAUUAUUUCCUAACAGUUGGCUAUUUCAUUAUAGAUGGAAUAAGAGAAAUAAGAAUGGGGCAUUUAUGCCGAAUGGAGAACAAAUCAUAUUUGAAACCGUAGGUGGUAGAACUACCGCUAUUGUAUCGAGUGUACAAAAGUUACCUGAAGGUACAGCAAAUUCGCGUUUACAUGCUUCUACUAGUACACUAAUACGUCAAAAACGCAAGAUUAUCACGGUUGGCGAUAAUAAGUCAACCGAAAAGCGGUCUCGAAAGACGUAAAUGAUCUGUAGAAUUAUGAUUUGUGGAAUUAGAUUCGACGAAAUUAAGUAUCGAGACUUUGAUAUGACUAAGUAAAUCAACAGAUACGCAUAAUUCGCAUGUCAAAAGACAGUUUUCUAUACUUCUUUUUUUUUUUAUUAUGAACCACUUUUAACAUCGUACAAUAAAUAUUAAUGCAAAUAAAGCUCAAACCCUUUGGCCAAUCAAAUCAUUGGAAAUUCCAUUGGUCAAAAUGUGACACGAAACUAUCACAAAGUAGUAACAUUUGAGGCUAGCCAAUCGAGCCCGAUAAUUUCAAUUUUAAUAAUGUCAUUAAUAACGCGUUCUCUUCUUCACAAUUUACAACUACGUCAACCCAUUAUUAUUUAUAAUUUAAGAUAUAAAACUCAUAUAUUUCGUUAUAAAUUAUUUCAAGAAUUUAAUACAACAAAAUU